CGUCAUCGGCCGUUUUCGCACGUGAAGAAUCCAUGGUAGAAUGAGAGGAUUUGUCGACGUGAAGUGGUGAAGUCAUGCAUCUAACUUAUCGAUCUCCGCCCCGUUUUAGUCCGUGCACCAGAACCGCCCAUCACUUUUUCGACGUCCAAGCAUCAGAGCAACCCAUAUCUCCCUGGAAAUCCCCACAAUGGCGUCAAACUAUGCGUGUCGCGCCUGCUCGAGGGCGCUGUCUCGGCCCCCCAAGCUCAUUUCUCAACCAUCGCAGCUCUCCCGCGCAACCUCCACACACAUAACCGCUCCCCUUAUAAACAAGCGCACCUACUCGACCGCUCCUCCUUCUCCCAACCCCAGCCCGCCUCCACCCCCCAGAUGGCGCGCCCCCGGCGCAAGGAAAAUCGCCGAAACCUUGCGCAAAAAGGCGCCCAUUUUCACAGAAACCUACGUAGCAUACGGCGCGACGGGGGAGCUCUUCAAGAAAUGCGCUGCCCCCGGCGCAUACACAAUUCCGCAGGCGACAGAGAAAGGAGCGGAGAUCCCGACAGAUGAGGACGGCACGCAUGUAGGCGUCGGAAGCGGAUGGUGGUAUGAUACGCUCGGUCUCAAACCCACCUUCAACAACUGGGCCCAAAUCACCUUCCUCCACAUGUACAUGCUACAAGUCCGCUUCCGCAUGUUCCCCUCCACACACGCACCCAUCUGGAUCCAGCACCUCACGAACCACGCCUUCGCCGCAGCCGAAGACCGGCUCUUCGUGUACCACAAGUUCACGCAAUCGUCUCUCCGCCAGCGCUAUCUGAAGAACGUGUUUGCGAGUUGGCGCGCGGUGUUGAUGGCGUAUGAUGAGGGAUUGGUCAAGGGCGACGCGGUACUCGCGGCGGCCGUGUGGAGGAAUCUGUUUGGGGCGAGGGAGGAUGUGGAUGCGGAGAAGUUGGCGAUGAUUGUGGGGUAUAUGAGGAGGGAGAUUCGGAGAUUGGAGACUACCGGGGAUGAUGAUGUGGCGGGUGGGAACUGGGAGUUUGGGCCGGAUCCAGGGGCCGAGGCGGAGUUGGUGAGGAGAGAGGAUAGGGGCAUGACUGCUAAAGAGGGUCCGCAGCAGGUCCAGAGUGGGGAGGCGAAGGCUUGAUUGGGUGGGCGGGAGUGCUUGUACUUUUAUCAUGACGGGAUGGGGUUGGUGAAGAAUUGUAACAUCGUGGAGGAUGCACUGAGCUGAUUUGAUACGGGGUUUAUUGUACGAUUAUCAAGCCGAGCGGGCCCAUGUGCCUGUAAGUCUCAGGGGGUAAGCUGCAGCUACAGACACAUUUUGUCCUCUAUACGGAACAGUACGGGGCUUAUAGGAAAUCCUGAUUCUUUCUGUUGAAAGUGCUGAUCCAAAGCCGUAUAGAUCAGUCGCCUUUGCUAGCGACGAGACCACUAACGCUAGUAUUGAAUCG